UGGCGUACAGGGAAUAUUGUUUAAUUUUCCUAUGGUCUUUUUGGAGAACGACUAUAGAUGUUCGGACAGCACAGCACAAGGAUUCCACGGUUAUUCGUCGCCCGCCAAAGUCAGGGUCUUGCACGGAGUCUCUCCCAUGUCGCUUGCAAGCACAACUUUCGCCGGGAAUUAAGGCCCUUUUUCACAGUUUAUGUUAAGCAUGCAGAGUGGUGUUUAUGGGAAUUUCUUUUGGAUUUCUUUGGUUACGAAGGCGACGCAUGGUUCGCCUCCAGACGCGGCCGGGAGCGAUGACUUAUACCUCAAGGCACUGGGUGUUUUGUAUUGCUGGUUUCUCUAUUUGGCAUUUGGGGCACCAAACGCGAGGGGCUCCUUGGGGGUUGUUUUACGAGCAAUGGAGUUUGACAUCUUGGCUUCGGGAUGAAAACCGCGUGGUGGCUGGUGCGCCGGGUCGCGAGGCUAGAGGAUACAAAACGAUACCCUCGAGGCCUUUUCCACGCGCGCGGACAAGGACAGGGCGAACCACUGGCGAAGGCACAACAAUCACAUCAUAUCCAGGGAUAGCAUCAUUAGGGAGUUUUUGUUAGGCACGGCACUGGAUGGUCUGAGAUGGGCCGUGUCGAAUUUUAUUCAUGACAGAAAAACCGUUACCGGCUGUGGUUCC